GCAGCAUUAGCCAAUGGGGAAGAGCAGCAUUGAACGUCGGCCCCUGCCAGGACUGAAGCCACCGCAAAACACCGGCCACCGGGAUGGCCUCCAGCUUUAAGAAGCCCUCGCUAGGAGCCGCGUGCCAGAGGAAGAAGGCGAGUCCUAAGCUGGAGCUGACUGAGGAGCAGAGGCAGGAGGUCCGGGAGGCUUUCGACCUGUUUGACACAGACGGAACCGGGAACAUAGAUGUUAAAGAGCUAAAGGUGGCCAUGAGAGCACUAGGCUUUGAACCUAAAAAAGAAGAGAUCAAGAAAAUGAUAUCAGAUAUCGAUAAGGAAGGAACAGGAAAAAUCAGCUUCAAUGACUUCUUGGCAGUGAUGACCCAGAGAAUGGCUGAAAAAGAUUCCAAAGAGGAGAUUCUCAAAGCUUUCAAACUCUUUGAUGAUGAUGAAACUGGCAAAAUCUCUUUCAAAAACCUCAAACGUGUUGCCAAAGAACUGGGGGAAAAUCUCACGGAUGAAGAGCUGCAGGAAAUGAUUGAUGAAGCAGAUAGAGAUGGGGAUGGGGAAGUGAACGAGCAAGAAUUCCUGCGGAUCAUGAAGAAGACCAGCCUUUACUGAAACAGAAUGUUAUUUAUUUUUGCACUUGUGUAUAUACAUUUGGAACAAUAUGGAAAGAUGCUUUAAGAAUACUCCAUGCUAUCACAUCAAGCCUUCUGCUGACUUCGUCCCC